AUGGCUCCCAACCUCUUCCUCUGUCUCAGAACUGUGUUCUGCCCCACAUACUGGUUUCAGCGGGGCGAGCGCAUCCAAGGAUCCAUCCAAAAGGAAGAACACUGGGAGAGCCCCGUCCCCGGCACCUACAAAUACGUCCCCGGUCGCGGAUGGCACCUCAUCUACAAGGACGGCAACGAUUACGAAGAGAAAGUCCCUAUCCCUCUCGUCUAUUGCCGCAUUCUGCACCGCUACAUGUUUGAAUAUGAGAUGGAAGACCGGUGCCGCUGGCACUCGGUCGUUCUCCACGAGGGAGCCAAGCCCGAACGACUCCUGUUCUUCCGACUUGAUGACGAAGACUGCUGGGUCGCCGGGUGGGAUCGCAAAGGUCGAUUCAUCCCCGGACCCUAUCAGAAGUGGAGAUUCGAUUCGGCCACGAAUUCAAUGCGUCGGAUUCUCGUUCCCGAAAGCUCUAAUGUUUCUCGGGUGACGGUUGGCCCGAAUAAAAUGAAUAAAGCCAACUGA